CUCUUGCCAUGCUACCAAACACUCGCGUCUCGUUCAACUUUGAAGUCCGCGAUGCCCAGACGGGCGAAAUCCUCGACACGACCUUCCGCGCAGAGGACGGCUCCAGCUCGACUGCGCAGCGCCCAAAGCACACGCUGCCGCCAUUCACACUCCAGACUGGACGCGGAUUCGCACUGCCGGAAUGGGAGGACACGGUCUCUGCCAUGGCUGUCGGCGAGCGCCGCGUGUGCAAGUUUGAUGGAAAGAAUGUCACUACCGUAUAUGCUCAAAUCUCGUCCCUGCUUCACGACCAGCGCAAGCACGCACGCAAUCCACACGCGCAGCGACGCCGUGGAGUCGACGAGGAUGACGGCGAAGAUGAGGAGUUUGACACGGACGAGGAAAGCUUGGAUGGAGAAGCAGAAGCAGCGCCGGUCGCCACUCAGAGCUACGUGCCGCACACAUGCUGCGGUGCGGGCUGGGAGCGGCUGGCGGAACAAGCGGAAGACAUGAGUCGGUUCAAAGGCCGCGAUCUCGAGUUUCAGUUUGAGGUGCUUUCUGUUCAGCAGCCGGGCGAGUACGAGCCUGCCGACUGGGAAUUGUCCCUGGACGAGCGGGCGGCACUCAUUCCACGCCUCAAAGAUGCCGGCAACGCUGCAAUGGCACAUCCCGAGACGUGCGCCGUCGCGCUGGCCAAGUACGCGCGGGCACUGGAGCUCGUGUCGGAUUUGAAGCUUUCGUAUGUGCAGCGCGAGCGGUUGGAGCACCAUCACGCGCACCAGCCUUCUAGCGCUUCUAGUGCUUCUAGUGCUUCUAGUGCUGCCGUCUCCGAUCCGGCUCAGGCAACCACUCCUGCGGCCUCUCUGCCAGGUGCGAGUCUUGUCAUUGCACUCGCAAGCAAGCACCGCCCGGUUCAAUCGCCGCUACUGGAGCUUCCCGCCAGCCUGCUGCGGCUUGACGGCGAAGCCUUCGCAACAGAGCUCCCCUGUCUACUAAAUUCGGCCUUAGCGUGUCUCAAACUCAAGCAAUAUGAAGAGGCCGAGCGACACGCCGACAAGGCGCUCACGAUCGACCCAUCCAACGUCAAGGGGCUCUAUCGCCGCGGCCAAGCGCGUCUCCUCCGUGGUCGGGAUCCAGAGCUCGCUCUGCAAGACUUUGAGAAGGUGCUUCUUCUGGACUCCAGCAACGCCGACGCCCGCAAAGGCAAGGAGACGGCUCUCCAAAUUCUAUCCAAAUCUGCCAAGCGGGAGCAGGCCAUGUAUUCUAAAAUGUUCAAAUAGACUGAGAAUGAGGUG